AAUGCACUUGGCGGAGAGGAAGGGUGUGUUGGUGACAAUUAGGGAAGAGGAUGCAGUACGGGGUAGUUUGCCGGAGAUUUGGAAUCUUGGGAAGACGGACAGGAGAAACCAAGCACCAGUGUUGUUGAGAUCUUCCAUGGUCUCUUGCUUUGCACUACCUUUUCUUGCCAUCGGCUUGGCCGACGGGACGGUGCUACUUUACGGGCACUUGGACCAGUCGCUAUCUCCCGCAGUGUCCCUGACUGCACUCCCCCGUACCAUCCGUGAAUCAUCUCCUGAACCGAUCGCUGAUCUUGAGAAUCCAUAAUCGGUGAGG